AAGAUGUAUCAACAGAUAUAGAAAUAUCUUCAUGCCUGACACGGAUAGUCCUUCUUUCACUUUUAUGGUGUUUUCAAGAACAUCAAACUUACGGAAUCAGGAAAGUUAUUGACGAAACCACCAGAAGUGGUCAGAAUCACACGCGCGCGAAAAUUGGGCGAGGGUCUGCAGACGACAUUCGUACCAUACUGGCUUCCGGUCGGAAUAAAACAUUCUUGCAAGGCUUAAGUUCCUGAACGAUUGACAAUUGCGGGAAGGGCGUUUUCGAAUCUUUACAGCAGUUACUGACGCGGAUGUUAAGGAUCACGGAAUUUCUAAUUACUCAAUGUGCUUCUUCAACUCAAAGAGAAUAGAACGCCGAGACAAAGACUAAAGAUUUUGGGAAAUACAUAUUUUCCUGUUUAAUAAUAGUUGAUCCGAAACAUAUUGGAAUAUCGCUGUAAUAUAUGAUGAGGGGACGAGCUGGACGAGAAAACUUUUAUUCAAAGGGAAAAAUUUUGAAUCAGUGCAGCACGAUCUUUAAACGAAUUUUGGUCCUCGUAUGUUUGUUUAUGUCAACAUCUGGUCAGACACGCGAAUGUUCAGUUUUGCGAUUGAGAAACGGAGAUAGUGUAUUCUUCUACAAUUACACAGGAACUUGUAAUAACGAAGAAAAUCCUUGCAAACAAAUGAACAGCAACUUAAUUUCCACGUCGAAUGACUGUAUUUGCCAGUGCAAGAGAUCUCACAGUACUUACAGAGAGGACUUGCACACUUGUAUAAGGAACCAAGAAAGUCGCGAUGAGUGUACGUUACAUUUCAGUGGAGAAAGAGCUGAUAAUGCUCUAAGAAUAUUCAAUAGCUCAAGGUCUUUAAAAUUGUAUACUCUUCCAAGGGAGGACUGUGAUAUCAGAGGAACAAGUUAUGUCACAGCAAAUAGCUCUGCUGCAUGGAAAAUGUUCUCAGGAAAGCAGCCCGCUUUCAAAAUUCACCAUCGAGACCUAAAAAAUAAACAACAUGCUCACUUCCUUCAGUGGAAUAGAAGACAGCCAGUGACUCAGCUGUAUGGAAAGGUUGUUAAAGUCAUCCUACAAUGUACCACUGGACAAGACAGCAAUCUUCCGAAAAAUUUGUGCAUUAUGUUCAAAUUCACGGGCAGAACUAGUGUACCUUGUCAAGAAUCAAAUCCAUCAUUACCAACAUUGAUGACCACACAUUCUAAUACCAGCCUAACUGGAAAUAUGACGAAGAAACAUGGAGGCAUAACAGAUCCUGUCUCUACCCCAAACAAGGGCACUCCUUCCCCAACUACAGAGCAGUCAGUCUUUACUAAAGGUGACAAAGAAUUCCAUGAUGGUGGUCAUAGCGGCCUUCCUAUUUGGCUCAUUGCAGUCAUCGCAGGUGGUGCUGUUAUUGCCACCCUGUCCAUUACUGCAACUUUAUGGAUUUGUUGGAAAAUGAAGCGAAGGAGUCGAAGGAAACGAAAAAAGCGCACAGCGAGGCUCCAUGUUGGCAAUGCUCUCUUUAAACAAGAGGCCGAGACAAUAAUUCCCUUUCCCCCAUCUGACAGCAAACCAGCUGUUGAUGAAGCAGGUUAUGCAAAAGUAGGAAGUCCAAUACGCAAGGGAUACGCCUUCUUGAAACCUGCACCUGAGAGAUGUCGCUCAGAGUAUCAAAAGCUGAUUAAGCCUAACGAAGAUCAUUCUGGUUACUUACUUCCACUGGAAGAAACAGGAUCUGCGGACUGUCGAUCAGAUGGAGCUGUUUAUAGUGAACCCCAAAGUGUAAAACCACCUCAGAAUAAACCAAAAGAUAAAACCUAUGAUUAUGCUAAACCAGAAGGAAUCAUUGUUUUAACAGCCAGUCGCACAAGUUUAGACAAUCUUGACUCACUUAGACAUGCUGGCUCUGAGCAUGACGAAGCAGAUUAUGUGCAAACAAGAGAAGCCGAUGGUCCUUCAUCACCAAUAUAUACAACCAUCCAAGGACCUAAUUCACCCAGAUCACCAGGGGCCUCUUCAGAGGAGCCCUUGCAAGACAAUAAGGGUGAUGAUUCGUUGCAAGAGAAUGAUUACAUUGAAGUUCUCCCAGAUUCAGUGAUUGGAACAUAAAUAUAAACUUUUUUUUUACAUCUGCCAAAUGAAAAUUCUGUGGAGGCAAACUGACAGGAGGGUCUCUAAGAGAGAGCGUCUUCAAAGGAAACUAGGCUGCAUCAGCCCCUUGCAAACCUAACUGUCCUCACAAAUGAUUACAUUCUCAUUUCUGACUAUCAAGGAUAGUCAAGCAGGUUGAUCUUUUGUAAACUUACGACAAAUUAACAGAGCAGGGUUAAGUCAGUCUUGGUGAAAUAAAAUAUAGCACUUGUUUAUCUAAGAGGGUAAGCUGGGAAUAUGCUCGGGUUGUGGGGAAUUAUAAGCUCAACAUUGAUGAUGUAGAAUAGAAGAAGAGAAGCCAGGUGAACAUUGGAAAUGUAUUAUUGACCUUUAGACUCCCACGAUCUGAUUGUCAAUUCUCCUCUCUAGCUGCUGCACAUUUCCUUGUAACUUAGCAACAUGAAUUUGGUGUUAAAUCAAGAUGACAAUUUUCACCUGAUAAGUUUGAGUAUUCUUAUUACCAGUGUACUGGAUUAUGUAUGGAUGUAAUAGGGAGAAGUUACAUGUUCAUCACUUCUAGGAGUUAAAGGGGUUAAUUACAGCUUGGAGUUUCAAUUGUGUCAUCUUGGGGGUUUAUCAUAUGUGGAAUACAAAAAGAGAUGGCUAUAAUAAGAGAUAAUUAUUUUAAAUAAUAUUGUAAAUUGU